CUUCCAGCGAAAGUCCGCGUCGGAGGGCGACGGUCCGUGAGCCGCAGCGGCGCGGAGCUCCGGGCGGGUAGCUGGCUCAGCACCAGAGCCAAUGCGGCUGGAGCCCUCGGUGAGCCAGCAGCUCGGCUGCAGGCGGCCCCGCAAACCGCAGCUCUCAAGCCGCAGCGUCUCCAGAAGCUCGCGGGUGAGCCGGAGAGGACCGAGAGGCUCCGCUGUGCCCCAGGCCGCGGAGAGCAGCCACUGGCGAUGCUUUUGUCCAGCCGGGGCCGAGCCAAGCGCGCAGAGAGCGCCCAACCAGCCGACUUUCUGCACCGCCUCCCGCCAGCCCGCGCACCGGCUUUGUGCAAGAUCCUCCCGGGCACAGUACUGCCCGCGGCACUCCAGCGCCAAAGGGUCAUCGCGCCCGCCGCCAGCCGGAGCCGACUCGAUGGGCACCGCAGCCGCGCGCUGGAGGCCACGAGAAACCCGGAGCGAGCGUCAGCGGUGAAGGCAGCCACUAGGCCGAGGCGGUCCGAUGCGCUCUCCGAGGGAGCUCCGAGCCGAGCCUCAGGACUGCCAGCUUCCAUCCAGCCCCAGGGCCCUCGCCUCCAGCCUCACUCAAGCGCGGAGCUGGGACUUGCAAUCAAACAAACCCUCGCCUCUCCCGGCUACCCACAACUCUAUCUUGCGAAAGUUGGGGUGUUCCUUGCCCGGUGGACUCCCACCUCCGGCUCUUGGCAGAAGACUUUAACUAGGGGCGAGCAGAUGUGUGAGAUCUUCUGUUCUAAGAGUGGACAUAUAUCCCAGUUUUCAGAGCCCCGCAUUCGAGCCCCGUGGGACCCAGAGGCCGCCAACCGGUGCCAGCAUGCAGAACAGUCACAGCGGAGUGAAUCAGCUUGGUGGUGUCUUUGUCAACGGGCGGCCACUGCCGGACUCCACCAGGCAGAAGAUCGUAGAGCUAGCUCACAGCGGGGCCCGGCCGUGCGACAUUUCCCGAAUUCUGCAGACCCAUGCAGAUGCAAAAGUCCAAGUGCUGGACAAUGAAAACGUGUCCAACGGAUGUGUGAGUAAAAUUCUGGGCAGGUAUUACGAGACCGGCUCCAUCAGGCCCAGGGCAAUCGGAGGGAGUAAACCAAGAGUAGCGACUCCAGAAGUUGUAAGCAAAAUAGCCCAGUAUAAACGGGAGUGCCCGUCCAUCUUCGCUUGGGAAAUCCGAGACAGAUUAUUAUCCGAGGGGGUCUGUACCAACGAUAACAUACCCAGUGUAUCAUCAAUAAACAGAGUUCUUCGCAACCUGGCUAGCGAAAAGCAACAGAUGGGCGCAGACGGCAUGUAUGAUAAACUAAGGAUGUUGAACGGGCAGACCGGAAGCUGGGGCACGCGCCCUGGUUGGUAUCCCGGGACUUCAGUACCAGGGCAACCUACACAAGAUGGCUGCCAGCAACAGGAAGGCGGGGGAGAGAACACCAACUCCAUCAGUUCGAAUGGAGAAGACUCGGAUGAGGCUCAAAUGAGGCUUCAGCUGAAGCGGAAGCUGCAGAGAAAUAGAACGUCCUUUACCCAAGAGCAGAUUGAGGCUCUGGAGAAAGAGUUUGAGAGGACCCAUUAUCCAGAUGUGUUUGCCCGGGAAAGACUAGCAGCCAAAAUCGACCUACCUGAAGCCAGAAUACAGGUAUGGUUUUCUAAUCGAAGGGCCAAAUGGAGAAGAGAAGAAAAACUGAGGAACCAGAGAAGACAGGCCAGCAACACCCCAAGUCACAUUCCCAUCAGCAGCAGUUUCAGCACCAGUGUCUACCAGCCGAUUCCACAGCCCACCACGCCUGUUUCCUCCUUCACAUCAGGCUCCAUGUUGGGCCGAACAGACACCGCCCUCACCAACACGUACAGUGCUCUGCCACCUAUGCCCAGCUUCACCAUGGCAAACAACCUGCCUAUGCAACCCCCAGUUCCCAGCCAGACCUCUUCGUACUCCUGCAUGCUACCCACCAGCCCUUCGGUAAAUGGGCGGAGUUAUGAUACCUACACCCCUCCGCACAUGCAAACACACAUGAACAGUCAGCCCAUGGGUACCUCGGGGACCACUUCAACAGGACUCAUUUCCCCUGGAGUGUCAGUCCCUGUCCAAGUUCCUGGAAGUGAACCUGACAUGUCUCAGUACUGGCCCCGAUUACAGUAAAGAGAGCGAGCGUGAUCAAGAGAGGAAAUUGUGUUCACUCAGUCAGUGACUAUGUGGACACAACAGUUGGUUGUUCACGAAAGAAAGAGAAAUGCCUGUUAGAAGCACUUCACUUUGCAAUUGUGUCCUGUAUUGGAGCCUGGGAAUGGACUAGAAACAAGGACCUUUGCAUACAGAAGGCACGGUAUCAGUUGGAACAAAUCUUCAUUUUGGUAUCCAAACUUUUAUUAAUUUUGGUGUAUUAUUUGUAAAUGGGCAUUUGUAUGUUAUGACGAAGAAAAGAACACCACAGACUGGUGGAUCUUGGAUCUGUAUUGGCUCAUGUGGUUGUUUAAAGGAAACCAUGAUUGACAAGAUUUGCCAUGGAUUUAAGAGUUUUAUCAAGAUAUAUCGGAUACUUCUACCUAUCUGUUCAUAGUUUAUGGACUGAUGUUCCAAGUUUGUAUCAUUCCUUUGCAUAUAAUUAAACCUGGAACAACGUACACUAGAUAUAUGUAAGAAAUAUCUGUUGGUUUUCCAAAGGUUGUUAACAGAUGACGUUUAUGUGCAAAAAGGGGUAAGAUAUAAAUUCAAGGAGAAGUUGAUAGCUAAAGGUAGAGUGUGUCUUCGAUAUAAUCCAAUUUGUUUUAUGUCAAAAUGUAAGUAUUUGUCUUCCCUAGAAAUCCUCAGAAUGAUUUCUAUAAUAAAGUUAAUUUCAUUUAUAUUUGACAAGAAUACUCUAUAGAUGUUUUAUACACAUUUUCAUGCAAUCAUUUGUUUCUUUCUUGGCCAGCAAAAGUUAAUUGUUCUUAGAUAUAGCUGUAUUACUGUUCACAGUCCAAUCAUUUUGUGCAUCUAGAAUUCAUUCCUAAUCAAUUAAAAGUGCUUGCAAGAGUUUUAAACCUAAGUGUUUUGCAGUUGUUCACAAAUACAUAUCAAAAUUAACCAUUGUUGAUUGUAAAAACCAUGCCAAAGCCUUUGUAUUUUCUUUAUUACACUAUUUUCUUUUUAACCUUA